AUGGACACACAGAGCGCAAGCGUUGCCGACGGCAGGGUGGACGAACUAUGGGCAACUCUCGACACGCGCAAACAGGGCCAUCUUGACCUCGCAGGCCUCAAAAAGGGGCUGCGGAAGCUGGAUCAUCCCUUGAAAAAUGCGGACCAGCUCCUGGACGAGGUGAUGCAGGCUGUAGAUACCGAUGGGAAUGGAAGGAUCACAUACCAAGAAUUCCGCAAAUUCGUACACGAAACCGAAAAGGAGCUUCAGCACCUGUUCCAGACCAUCGACUACAACCACGACGGCAAGAUCUCCAAGGACGAGCUGCGCUCAGCUUUGCGAACGGCCGGCCUCACAGUGCCCAACAGUAAUCUCGACAAGUUCUUUUCGGAAGUGGACACCAACAAUGAUGGGACCAUCAGUUUUGAAGAAUGGCGGGACUUUCUUCUAUUCAUUCCGGUCAGCGCACCAUCCCUCGGCGCCGUAAUGUCGUACUUUUCCGCCACCAUGAAAGUAAACCAGGAAGGCGACGUUGCCAUUAGUGACGACACAAUCCAAGGCCUAGGUACUACACAGCGUUUUCUUCGUUUUUUCUUUGGUUCCCUUUUCAUUGUAGCGCACACACCGCCCUACAAUCCCCUUCCGCCAGAGCCCAGCGCGCCGCUCGACAUGGCUUCAUCUACUUCGACACUUGCCUACCAAGGUACCCUCCCGCCACGGUCUGCACACGAGACGAGCAGCGCUCCUCUCGAAGAGAUCCGGGCAGGACUUAUAGAGAGCUUAGGAACCAUGCUGAUUGCUUGUGUUCCCAAUCCAGGCUAUUUCGUGGCGGGAGGCGUUGCAGGCAUUGUUUCUCGCACCUCCACUGCUCCGCUCGAUCGUUUGAAAGUCUACCUCAUCGCCCAGACCAAUGUUGCGGAAGAAGCUGUCGUCGCCGCCAAGCAUGGCAAUAUCGUUAAAGCUGCCAUGAAUGCUUGGAGGCCACUUGCGACCGCCACCAAGGAGCUCUGGCAGGCUGGCGGUAUGCGCAGUUUGUACGCUGGAAACGGCUUGAACGUCGUCAAAGUGAUGCCGGAAUCGGCCAUCAAAUUCGGGUCUUACGAGGCAAGACACAAUGACCCCGCCAUAAUACACUCAUGGUCCAAGUUUGUUGCUGGUGGUCUAGCAGGCAUGGUCUCCCAAUUCGCCGUCUACCCCAUCGAUACCCUGAAGUUUCGCAUGCAAUGCGAGACCGUCUCUGGUGGCUUACACGGCAACCGACUAAUCUGGGCCACAGCAAAGAAAAUGUGGAAUGCCGGUGGAAUACCCGCAUACUACCGCGGUCUACCCAUGGGCAUCGUCGGCAUCUUCCCCUACGCAGCCCUCGAUCUAGGCACAUUCGAAUACCUCAAACGCUACGUCGCGCGUCGCAACGCGAAGCGACUUGGAUGCCACGAACAAGACGCUGAGCCGGGUGGUUUCAUGACAGCAGCCAUUGGUGGUUUCUCCGGCGCAUUCGGUGCAAGUGCUGUUUACCCGCUCAACCUUCUGCGAACACGACUGCAGAGUCAAGGUACCGUUCUCCAUCCGCGGACGUACACGGGUAUCAUGGAUGUCACGAGACAAACUAUCGCGGGCGAGGGUGUUAGAGGGCUAUUCAAGGGUCUCACGCCAAAUCUGCUCAAGGUCGUUCCUGCCGUCUCAAUCACAUACGUCGUAUACGACAAGUCGAAAAAAGCAAUCGGCCUGCCGUGA